GACGGCAACAGUUGACGUCACGGGACGGACGCCAUCGCGGGCCGACCGGGUCGCAGAGAGGCAGAGAGGCCCAAGGGCCGCGUCCGCCUCAGGGCCUCCCCCCUCAACCACCGGCCCUCCUCCUGCCCUCCUCCUGCCCCUCGACUCUCUGGGCCACGCGCAUCGGGAGGCACCGCGGGAGACGGACGGAGGGAGGCCGCUGAGGGAGGGAGACCGCCCUCCGCGCGCGCGGUCUCGGGGGAGCCGUCGACGGACAGAUGGAGUGUGCGUGAUUCAGCUGAGAUGUAAACAUGGACCAGUUUGGGACAUCGUUUGCCGCUGCUGUGGACGUGUGGGCCAUCAGCUCGGAGGAGCGAGCCAAGCAUGACCAGCAAUUCCUUAGUGUCAGCCCAGCAGGAGGUUACAUUACAGGUGAGCAGGCACGAAGCUUCUUUCUGCAGUCGGGGCUUCCUGCACCCGUCCUUGCACAAAUAUGGGCGCUGGCGGACUUGAAUGGCGACGGUCGUAUGGACGCCCAGGAGUUUUCCAUCGCCAUGAAACUCAUCAAGAUGCGUCUACACGGCCACGCGCUCCCCGCGGUGCUGCCACCUGCCAUCCUGCAGCGCUCCCCCUUCGGGCCUCUUGUCGGCGGGGCCCCUCUGCUCGGAGUGGGGGGCUCCCUGGGGAGCGCGUUGGUGGGAGGGUCCCUCGCGGGCGUGGCGCCGUCUUCCUUGACGCCGCCGCUGAGCACUGUGGGAAUUCCUGCACCUAUGGCCAACGGUGUGCAGGGCUUGAUGCAGCCCUUCCCUACGACUGGUGCCACGCUACCCUUAGGUUCCACAUUCGGCCGACCCGGAGCAGGAGUUGGGCCUGGGAUUGGUCCCAUUCAAAUGCAGAAAGCCCUGUCGGCUGAAGCCACCAUGGCGGCUGACUGGGCUGUCCCACAAUCAUCUCGCCUCAAGUACCGACAGCUCUUCAACAGCCACGACAAGACGAUGAGCGGCUUCCUGACAGGGCCACAGGCCAGAAACAUCCUCAUGCAGUCCCACCUCACGCAGCCGCAGCUCGCCGCCAUCUGGGGUCUCUCAGACAUCGACCAAGAUGGCAAGCUAACGGCUGAGGAGUUCAUCUUGGCCAUGCAUCUCAUUGAUAUGGCACUGUCUGGACAGCCGCUGCCUGCCGCCCUCACCGCUGACCUAAUGCCUCCCUCGUUCAGGCGGUCGCGCACUGGAAGUUCCCUCUCUGGAGGCAGCAGCAGCAGCGGCGUUUCCGUGUCGCUCCUCGAACAGAAACCUCCAGAGGAGGUUGCCGAAGAGGAACAGGAGAAAAAACUACCUGUGACAUUUGAGGACAAGAAGAGGGAGAACUUUGAGAAGGGCAACCAGGAGCUGGAGCGAAGGCGUGCUGCUCUGGCCGAGACGCAGCGCCGUGAGCGCGAACGCCUGCUGGCCGUGGAGCGCGCUGAGCACGAGCGGAGGGAGCGCGAGCGCCAGCAGCAAGAACGGCGCCGCCAGGCGGAGCUGGAGCGCCAGCUGGAGCGCCAGCGGGAGAUGGAGCGACAGAGGGAGGAGGAGAGGAGGAGGGAGGUGGAGCGCAGGGAGGCCGCCAAGCGGGAGCUGGAGCGGCAGCGUCAGAUGGAGUGGGAGCGCACGCGACGGCAGGAGCUGCUCAACCAACGCAACCGCGAGCAGGAGACCAUCGUGGGCCUCAAGGCUCGACGCAAGACGCUGGAGUUCCAGCUGGAGACAGUGGGUGACAAGCGGCAGCAGCUCGACGGGAAGCUGCAGGACGUUCGCGCCCGGCUGUCCAUCGAGCGGCAGGAGCUGGAGCGAACCAACAGCGCGCGCGAGAUCAAGCUCUCCCAGCUGGACUUGCUGCAGAAGCAGCUGCAGGAGCAUCAGCAAAUGUUGGCACGCCUGGUUCCAGAGAAGCAGUCUCUGAGCGAGCAGCUGAAGCAUGUGCAGCAGAACCACACUCAGAAUGACUCUUUCACCGGGGUGCACAAGGCACAGCUGGCGCGCGAGGCCGCUUGCCUCCGCCUGCGGGAAACCCUGGUCUCCGUCGAGACCGAGACGGCCGAGCGGUUGAACGACAUCGACGCCUUCAACAACCAGCUGAAGGAGCUCCGGGAGAUGUACAGCCGCCAGCAGCAGCUGCAGCAGGAGCGGCAGCAGCAGCUGAAGCUGGAGCGGCAGCAGCAGCAGGAACGGCAGCUGCAGCAGGAACGGCAGCUGCAGCAGGAGCGGCAACAGCAGCAGGAACGGCAGCAGCAGCAGGAGCGACAGCAGCAGCUGCAGCAGGAGAGGCAGCAGCAGCUGCAGCAGGAGAGGCAGCAGCAGCUGCAGCAGGAGAGGCAGCAGCAGCUGCAGCAGGAGAGGCAGCAGCAGCUGCAGCAGGAGAGGCAGCAGCAGCUGCAGCAGGAGCGGGCGCGAGCUCAGAGAGAGGUGGAGGAGCGCGCGAGAGCACAGCAGGAGACGGAGGAGCGUGCACGAGCGCAGAAGGAGAGCGAGGAGCGCGCACGGGCGCAGAGGCAGGUGGAGGAGCGAGCGCGAGCCCAGCGCGAAGCUGAGGAGCGAGCGCGAGCCCAGCGGGAAGCGGAGGAGCAGGAGCAAGCGGAGAGCAAGCGAGCUGCGGGGGCGCCCGGCAACCAGCACAAGAUGGAGUUGGCCGACCGCCUCAAUAAGAUCCUGCAGCGGCAACAAGAUCGCGAGCCCGUCAGGAAACCCUCGGACUCGUUGGAGUCCAAGGUGGCGUACUACCGAGCACUGUAUCCGUUUGAGGCUCGCAAUCAGGACGAGCUCACGAUCCAGCCUGGCGACGUCAUCCUCGUGAAAGGGGACUGGGUCGACGAGAACCAAACUGGGGAGCCGGGCUGGCUGGGUGGGGAGCUGCGUGGCCAGACAGGGUGGUUUCCUGCCAACUACAGUGAGCGCAUUCCCGAUGGCGAAAUUGGGGGAGGCACCCAGGCCCAGACCCCAGACGGUGGGGGGCAUCUACUGGCAGCAGCAGGAGGAACAGGAGGAGGAGGUGGAGGAGAAGGAGGAGGAGGUGGAGGAGGAGGAGGAGGAGGUGUUGGCAACUGGGCAGACUUCAGCACCGCGUGGCCGGGCAGCACUAGCACCACGGAAGUGGGGGGCGAUUCGGGGGGCGGCACCUGGGAAUCGCUGGACAGCACGGCCGCUCACGCGACAGCCCAGCCUGUUGCGCAUGCGGGGGCAGCCCAGCGACAGGGUUCGGCCUUCACCCCGGCCUCCGUGUCCAUGUCCCCCUCGCCAACGCCAGGACAGGGAGAGCCGGUCGAGGGUGUGCAGGCUCAGGCCCUCUACCCGUGGCGUGCCAAGAAAGAGAACCACCUGAACUUCAACAAGGGCGACGUCAUCUCGGUGCUUGAGCAGCAGGACAUGUGGUGGUUCGGGGAGGCGCGCGGUGGCCAGAAGGGCUGGUUCCCCAAGUCCUACGUGAAACUCAUCUCUGGACCCGUGCGCCGCGGGCUCAGUGUGGAGUCGACCUCUUCGGAUGGGUCCCAGCGCGGCCCAUCUCCACGGCCCCCCAUGCCUGAAGGUACCGCGUCCUUCGCUCGUCAAACCAAGCCCGUGUCGCCCCAAGCCAGUAGACUCAGCCCUCGCCCGUUUCCGCCAGCUGUGAGUGAUGCCUCCUCUCAUCUCCACGAUGUCCCCUCUCGUGGUUGUGAGACAGAAGCCAAGAUGAAGUCACUUCCCACACGCCCUGCCCCGGCACCCCCGGCUUCCUCUGGCCAAGGCUCCCCAGUGAGAAGUCGCCUGGCACCAUCACCAGCACCACCUCAGGAAGAGUUUGUGGCGCUGUACGCGUACGAGAGCGGAGAGCCGGGCGACUUGACGUUCGCGCAGGGCGACGUCAUCGUGGUGACACGACGGGAGGGCGACUGGUGGACGGGCCAAAUCGAGGGCCGCUCUGGGGUCUUCCCCUCCAACUACGUGCGGCCCAAGGACAGUGAGGCACCAGGCCAGGCUGGAAAGACCGGCAGCAUGGGGAAGAAGCCAGAGAUUGCGCAAGUGGUGGCGUCGUACACCGCCACGGGGCCCGAGCAGCUCACCCUGUCGCCCGGGCAACUUAUCCUCAUCAGGAAGAAAGCGACAAACGGCUGGUGGGAGGGAGAGCUGCAGGCGCGGGGCAAGAAGCGCCAGAUUGGGUGGUUCCCGGCAAAUUACGUGAAGCUGCUGGGUCCGACGAGCGGCAAGUCGACUCCCGUCAUGCCCAGCGAGGGGACCAAGUCGGUGCCAUUCACCACGCCUACCGUGUGCCAGGUGAUCGGUGUGUACGACUAUGUGGCGCAGAACGAGGACGAGCUCUCCUUCUCCAAGGGGCAGCUCAUCGGCGUGCUGAGCCGCAGCGACCCCGACUGGUGGAAGGGGGAACUCGGCGGCGCCGUGGGUCUCUUCCCCUCCAACUACGUCAAGCAGACGACCGACACCGACCCCAGCCAACAAUGGUGCGCCGACCUCCACGCCCUCGACAGCCUGCCGCCAGCGGAGCGCAAGCGGCAGGGAUACAUCCACGAGCUCAUCCAGACGGAGGAGAACUACAUGAGCGACCUGACGCUGGUCACCGAGGUGUUCCAGAAGCCCAUGGCAGAGUCGGGCAGUCUCACCGAGGAGGAGAUGGCGAUGAUAUUCGUCAACUGGAAAGAGCUCAUCAUGUGCAACAUAAAGCUGCUCAAGGCUCUGCGCGUAAGGAAGAAGAUGUCAGGGGAGCGGAUGCCGGUGCAGAUGAUUGGGGACAUCCUCACUGCGCAGCUGCCGCACAUGCAGCCGUACAUCCGCUUCUGCAGCUGUCAGCUCAACGGGGCCACGCUUCUACAGCACAACACGGACGAGCAGCCCGAGUUCAAGGACUCUCUCAAGAAAUUGGCGAUGGAUCCACGCUGCAAAGGGAUGCCUCUCUCAAGCUUCCUGCUCAAGCCCAUGCAGAGAAUCACGCGGUACCCGCUCAUCAUCAAAAACAUCCUGGAGAACACGGGGGUGGAGCACCCCGACCACGCUCACCUGCGCUCGGCACUGGAGAAGGCGGAGGAGCUGUGCUCGCAGGUGAACGAGGGAGUGCGGGAGAAGGAGAACUCGGAUCGGCUCGAGUGGAUCCAGGCGCACGUGCAGUGCGACGGCCUCUCUGAGCAACUGGUGUUCAACUCGGUGACAAACUGCCUGGGGCCUCGCAAGUUCCUCUACAGUGGGAAGCUCUACAAGGUGAAGAGCAGCAAGGAGCUGUUCGGAUUCCUCUUCAACGACUUCCUGCUGCUCACGCAGGCCGUGCGCGCGCUCGGCGCUGCCGGAGACAAACUCUUCAGCCGCAAGUCCACCCUGCAGUACCGCAUGUACAAGACGCCCAUCUUCCUCAACGAGGUGCUGGUGAAGCUUCCCUCGGACCCGUCGGGCGACGAGCCGGCGUUCCACAUCUCCCACAUCGACCGCGUCUACACCCUGCGUGCCGAAAACAUCAACGAGAGGACCGCGUGGGUGCAGAAGAUCAAAGCGGCAUCGGAGCUCUACAUCGAGACGGAGAAAAAGAAGAGAGAGAAGGCAUACCAGGCUCGGACCCAGCGGACGACCGGGAUUGGCCGGCUCAUGGUGAACAUCGUGGAGGGCAUCGAGCUCAAGGCGUGCCGCUCCAACGGGAAGAGUAACCCGUACUGCGAGGUGACCAUGGGUGCUCAGUGCCACAUCACCAAGACGAUACAGGACAGCGUGAACCCCAAGUGGAACUCAAACUGCCAGUUCUUUGUCAAGGACUUGGAGCAGGACGUGCUGUGCAUCACCGUGUUCGAGCGCGACCAGUUCUCACCGGACGACUUCCUGGGUCGCACGGAGAUCCGCGUGGCCGACAUCAAGCGCGACCAGGACACCAAGGGCCCCAUCAGCAAGAGGCUGCUGCUGCACGAAGUCCCGACGGGCGAAAUCACGGCGAGGCUCGACCUGCAGCUCUUCCAGGACGGUCGCGAGUAGCCCUCGUCACCACCGUCCGUCCGUCUCCUCUGCCCGGUCCCCGCAAGCACUGGGGCCACGACGCCCCCCCCCCACCCACCCAACCCCCUCGCAUCCCCCCACCCAAACGAUAGAAAGCCCCGCGGGCUCCCGGCUCCCCACACCCCUCUCCUCGCAUCGUGGCCCACGACCGCGGCGGCACGGCCCCGGCCUCCUUCCCCCACCAGUCAUUCCACUGUCCCUCGCUGGCGUGCGCCGUACCCGCCUGCCUGGCCGAUCUUGGCCGUAGGAGGCUGCCGAUUUGAUAAAAAAAAAGAAACCCGGCUACGGUGGACCGAUUUGCAAAAAGGGUUGAUCUCGUACUUUAUUACAAUUUUUGGGGAAACUUUUUUUCUUACGAUAUUUUUGCUUCGAACAAAAUCGGUCCAUGGCAAAACGUGGGUUUCAAAACCGGCAGCCGAGCGCGCACAUCGGUCGGGUUGCCGGGUGUGGUGCUUGCCGCACGACAUCCCUUGUUAGCAGCACAAACGGGGGAAUUGUUCAUAUUUAUGAAAUGUUCUAGUCAUUUGUUUUUUUAUGAUUAAUAUAAAUAUGAUGAUGAUAAUGAUGAAAUGGUAAUUGAGUGCAUAUCAAGGGCCUAAGCCAGUUGGUUUGUGGACAGUAAGAGCAGUCAUUUUGCCCGGUAAUGGCCAUACACAUGUAUAUACACUGACGGUAUACGGUAUAUACACUGGCAGUAUAGAGAGCUGGGAUGGGACCCAUUCAGUGCGACUCGCUGCUGCGGGUUCGCUGUGGUGGAACGUUGCCACCGCCGCUCUAUGUGAGCAACGCAGGGUUGGGUCUCGUUAAUAUUUUACUUGUGUAAUAGUGUCAGGCGAGCCUCACUAGGAGGUGCCGUGCGUGCGUGUGCGAGUCUGGUGUGUGUGUGGGUGUGUGCAUGUGUGCGCGCGGUGUCGCUGCUGGGAUCCACAGUCCGCAUUCACAACUCCGCGCCCGGCGCUGCCAAAGCAAGGGGCGACCCACACGUGUAUCCGACGGCCACGUCACCGAAUCAUUCCCCCCCCCCCCCCCCGCAUGUUUUGAGCCUGCUGGACAAUAUUACAAUUCUCUCCGGCGUCGUACUUUCGAGAGUUAGCGUCAGGCGGGUCAGUGCUGAAAUCCUGGGUGACUUAACAAAUCACUCCAAACACAUUUAGAAUGGGACUUUGUGCCACGCGUGGAGCCACGGUCGCGAUGCCACCUGCUGCCGUGGUGUUCGUACGCCGCGCUUUAGUUUGGGCGCUUGGUCUGUGAUGCGAUGAAAGUGCCAACUGAGAAACCAAUGUUUACAGGGCCCAAAGUAGCCACGGCUGACCCACGUGGCGCGAGGAAGUGCGGCACUGGAUUGCGCUCGGCAGCGCUGCCAGCAAUGAGCGGCAGGCGGGAAGCAGCGUGCGCUGUGGCUUACGAGGAAGCGUCCGUUGAUUUGGCAGGCGCACGUGCGCUACAUAAUCUCCGAUAUAAUUACAUGAUCACCAAACCCUGCCGAUUGAAACGGUAGGCUUCUGAUUUUUAAACCGUCUUACCGCAUACCAAUUUUUUUUAAGGUAAUCAUAACGCUUCAUAAUAUUUUUGGGAAAUACUUGACACAAUUUUUUAUUUUUAAAUUGGUACUUGGUAAAAACUGUUUACGAAUCGGACACUUCAAGAUAAGUCUCGGCAAGGAGUCGGCGCCGGAUGACCAGGUGACAGCUUUUCACCAACGCCACUAUUAUUACUCUUUGGUUCUUUCGGUAUUAUCACUGUUACAAGCGUACUCUUCGUUUUUUCGGUAAAGUCACCAAGUAGGUAAAAAAUGAAAUUGAAAUUAAUAAAAAAUAAAAUAAUAAAAAUCACGACGUUUCGGAGGCAACACAAGUCUCCGUCAUCAGGUGGGACGGUCACAGCCAGAUUUGCUGUAUCAAGUGAGGCAGGGAUUCCAAGAUGCAAGUUCUUAAAUACAAGCUCACUUGAUACAGCAAAUCUGGCUGUGACGGUCCCACCUGAUGACGGAGACUUGUGCUGCCUCUGAAACGUCGUGAUUUUUAUUAAUUUAUUUUUAUUAAUUUCAUUUUUUACCUACGUGACUUUACCGAAAAAACUAAGAGUAUGAAUCCUUGCAGUCACAAAAGCUUCAAAUCUAGAAUGUUACAAGCGUACUUGGUACAAAAAAACACAAAAGUUAAUCCAGCGCUGUGCGCGAUUGUGAUUAUCCAUAGCGAAAGGAGAGCCGGCUUCAGUUUCGUCCCUAAGGCCACGUAGGCCUCAGCGCAAACAUUUGUCAGGGCGCGUUGGAGUGAAUGCGGAGUGCACGGAUGGGGAUGACGGUCCCCGUUCACCCCCUUCCCCGUACAGCGGCGCCCGUUUGCCCAUUUGGUGUGCGAGUCCUUCGUGUUUACUUAUUGCAGCACUCUCCUUCGGAUCAAUGUUUGCACAUGGCUGUCAUGUCUAGCCAAUAAUUUUUAGUUUUAUGAUUAUUUGACGGUGGUAUAUUGUAAGUGAUGAUCGCAGGUUCGCCUUCACGUGUCCUAGAAGAGUUGUCAUUGAUAGCUUUAAAAAUGGAAGCUGCGUUUUGGAGGUUUGACGGUCGGGUUUGGCAGAGCCACCUGUUCAGGUCCUUCCAACUCAGCCACUCUCCUCCACAAGGGGCCACAUUUAGAAAAGGAAGAUUUUUCUUUAAAACGUUGUCAGCUGACUGUUGCUUUUGGAUAAAUGCGUUCAUUUGGAGGGAAAAAAGGAUCAAAGUAGAUUUUCUUAGAGGGAGGGAAAUGCAAUCCCUGUUUUAUGUUGUUAGAAUCGUCACAGCUUGCCAAGAACCAUCCCUCUAGAUUUCAUUCUUCCCAAGUUUGCUUCGUGUGGUAGAACUGACUCGGCUUGAAAUCACAGCCCAUCUUGGCUGCCCUUGCAGGUCUCUGGCUGUGGCAAUGGGGUGGCAGUGAAGCAGAGGUCGCAACCGGGUACCCGAUACCCGUACCUUACCCGGCUACCCGUACCCAGCCGGGUACGGGUAGCCGUUUGCGACCCUGGUGCGGCCGGGUACGGGUACGGGUAGGCCGUGAGUCACUGGUGAGUAGCCGUGAGUCACUCAUUUCGGGUAGGGUACGGGUAGGGAACGGCUACCCGUACCCGGCCGGUUACGGAUACGGGUACCCAUUUGCGAUCCUGGUGCGGCCGGGUACGGGUAAGGAAUCGAAACCCGUGUGCGACCUCUGCAGUGAAGUGAUCUGUUCGGAGGGCAUGGAGCCCUGCUACUUCUGCCUUUUAUUCGUGCAGCCAAUCGGUGCCACCUCAUUCGACAUUUACCAACCUCACGAGUUUUCACACAGAUAUAUGAAGUGUAAAGCAAUAAUGUGGUUAGUGAGUGUUAGGGUGGGGGGGGCAGGCUUUUAGGGCUGGGAUAAAUUGGGCUAGGGUAAAACGAAUCGUUUUAAUAUAAGGGCUGAUGUCACAUUGAUAAGUUGUGCGCAAGCCAAGCCUGAUUUUGCGAAUAAUUGAAUAUUGCGUUGAGGUAAUUUCCCAGAAUAAGCUAUGAGCACAAAUCAAAGGGAAUUGUUGAUCUUAAUUUAAGUGGAGAACCAAACAUUUCUCUUGGCCAAGUCAGCCGGAGUCCACGUCAAGGUGGGGCAGGCGGGAGCAGAGGUGUCCGUGCCUCACUGGUGUCGGCUCCGAUGUAACUCAAUCUGGCAGCUGGUCACCCAAUAAAUAUAGAGCAUCGCUACAUGAGAUGCAGAUCUGCAGAAUUGUUUUGGGAGUUAUUUAUUUAACAGUGACCAAUGCUCCAGGGUGAUGGAAGACGCGGCACCUUGUAGUCCCGGCAAUCGUGAGCUCUGGAAUCGAACUAGCCUCUCCGGGACUCCUCGAAGACACCACCGGCCGAUUCUUUAGCCGUCUAAGGAUUUGCAUCUUUCAGCACUCGUUUACUGUAGUUGAUCAAUUAACAGCGUCAGACGUCAAUGUUUGCUUCUGCAGUUUUUAAAAGCAACAUUGAAAUUGUCUGCAGCGAUGGCCUCGCUGCAGUGACCCAGGCUAUCGGGCCGUGCUCGUGUGCAACCGUACGGGCGAAUAUGUUCGUGGCCAGGGGCGCGGACCUGUUCACGUGCAUCGGUGUACGAUCGGUACGCGGUGCAGUCCGUUUACCGAGCCGUGGCGUCACCCCCACUCAACGUGGUGGGCCUGCCUGCCUGCCUGCCAUUACCAGUGAUUGUGCCGAGUUAUUGCCAGCAGUUAUCUUUUGACGGAAUAACGUGAACGUGCAUUCCUUUUGUUCCGGGCAGGGGGCGGCGCCAAGCCACGUAUCACUCGCGUCCUCUGGUUGCAUCAAGACGCUUUAGUUUGGGCUAAUGAUCACACUCCCACGGGCUUCGUAGAAGCUUUGGAAUUCACUCCCAGCAGCUGUCCCCUGUGCAGUACGACUGACUGCCCAGCGUGAGAAUCGUGAUCCUGUAUGAUAGAUACCGGCCAAGCUGUACAUUGCCGUCUUGAUCCAAUAAAGUUCUCAUUGGUAAUGA